GCGACUCCACGCGUGAAAAAAGACAAGACAAUCACCUGCUCGGGUAAUAAAAAAAGGUUUAUAGAUAAAUAGUCUAAUAAGACGGUGUGAGGAUGUUUUGUUUGUGAAAUUAUAGGAGUUGAUAGACCGGGACAGAAUUUUAAAGUCUGUGGCAUGUCAGUGCGCUGUGAGUGAUAGCGAGGAUAACAGUCCCACACUCUGCUGUUUGUGACUUUGUUUUUAUUUUGUAUUCGUGUACAUGCUCUUAUUGAACUGGACGCAAGAGCGGAGCCUUAUGACAUUACGCACAGACCGGGAGCGGGGCUGCAAAUGGGCGGCAUAGAUGGCAACCUCUCCUUCAGCAUGUUGAAUGGGACUGAAACGCAAACUUUUGGAAAGAACGCAGACAUCAGCAGUCAUCUCCACCGCGGCAACAAGGAUCUAGCAGAGUUUAAAAUGGGGAUUCAGGACGCGAGGUUUUACUACCCAGACUCUGUUCAAAGCGGGCAGGACGCUCUGUCUCUGCCGUACCAUUCGGACCAGGCGGUUGGAGGGUACGGAGCGCAGACCGGCAGGUUUUACGCACAGACCCUCAGCAGUUGUCCGUACGGCGGCGUGCGCUCGCCGCCAAGAAGUGGAGCCGGGCAGGGUUACAUCCCGACGACAGGAGACGGGUUUCCUACAGCCGGUAAAGACUUGUACUCUCCUUCUUCGGAGAAUUACCCGGCGAGCUUUCAGCACGGCUACCAGCGGCCGCCUCUCUACCCUUUACCUGGGCUACAGGUGUGCGGGAAGACUCAGGCUUUGCUCAAUAACUACCCGCUAUGGGCCAAGUUUCACAAGUUCCAAACCGAGAUGAUAAUCACCAAACAGGGGCGGAGGAUGUUCCCCUUCCUGAGCUUCAACAUCAGCGUUCUGGAUCCGUCUGCUCACUAUAACGUCUAUGUGGACAUAGUUCUGGCGGAUCAACACCACUGGAGGUACCAGGGCGGAAAGUGGGUCCAGUGUGGGAAAGCAGAGGGCAACAUGCCAGGGAACCGGAUGUACAUGCACCCUGACUCUCCCAACACAGGAGCCCACUGGAUGAGACAAGAAGUGUCUUUCAGCAAACUCAAACUCACCAACAACAAGGGCAGCACCAAUAAUGUGGCACAGAUGAUCGUGCUCCAGUCGCUCCACAGGUACCAGCCUCGUCUGCACAUCGUGGAGGUUAAGGAGGACGGCUCCGAGGAUCCCUUCCUAUCAUCCAAAGCUCAGACCUUCGUCUUCCCGGAGACUCAGUUCAUCGCUGUCACCGCUUAUCAGAACGCCGAUAUCACUCAGCUGAAAAUAGACCAUAACCCCUUCGCUAAAGGUUUCCGCGACAAUUACGACACGCUGUACGCUCCUCCCGAUUCUGAUCGCCUCACCCCCUCCCCUCCAGAGAGCCAGCAGCUGCUGCCAGGGAGCUGCUACCCCCAGAGCUACCUCUCUGAGCAGUACAUGAGCCCCCUGCCUCAGAGCCGCUUCUACGGUAUGGGCCAGCAGCACAAAGACCCGUCCGCCAGCCCUGGUCCUCACAGCCGCUGGUACCUGCCACCUCAGCAGGGUGUGGCCUCCAAUCGGCUUGACUUCACUUCCUCCUACGAGGGGGACUUCACCGGAAACGGUUUCUACAAGCCCUUCCCCUUGCAGACAUCCGCUCACCAUGCCCUCAGCUACUACCCAGACCAUCAUUUUGCAUCUACUAGCGUGUCUGUAUCAGGAGCCACCUCAGCGGGCUGGACCACCAGCCGGCCCACCAGCCGGCCCACCCCUCAGUACCUCAGCCACCCGAGUAAGCCUGGCCCCAGUCUGGGCUGGUUUAGACCCAUGUCCUCCUCUUCUUCCUCCUCAUCUUCUUCUACGUCACCUGGCAACCCCAGGCUGCACCCGCCCUCGCUCCUAGAGCCUCUGCAGCCGCCCCUGCUGCACGACAAGCCCAAAGACACUGUGGAGGUGGUGGUAGAGGACCCCUGGCUCGAACCUCCCUCUGUGAAAUCAGCGGCCUCGGCCGACUCGGGCCUGUUUGAGGGCGGCGUGGGGGACAACAAGAAGAGGAAGGUGUCGCCGUACACGUCCAGCACUGAAAACUCCCCGCCUCCGCGCAGCGGAGAGGUCUGCGAGAAGGACAGCAACAGCGAUGCAGACUACUAUGGCUAUUACACCCACUGAAGGCCUCACAUAGUUGCCACAGUCUCUCUCCCAGCGUCUUCCCACACCGCCCUAAUGAACACGCAUUGGUCUGUCCGGUCAGGUCAUGAUAAAGGGCUGGAACAGUCUCUGUUUUUUGAUGCAGACAAAUACUAGAACCACAUCACAGAAGGUGCAGCCUCGUCUGCUGUCAUGUCACAGCGUGGCCAGCCUCUCUAUAAAGUCCCCUCUCAAAGUGUCAAAUGAUUACAGGAGCAACUUCCAAGGUUACUGUCAAAGUUAGUGUUGAACAGAAGUAGAUGUGACUGGGGAACCGGCCUGCAGUCACAUAAACACCAUACGGACAAACAGACCUGUGACUUAAGCCUUUGAAACAUUUGGAGAUUUGGGGGGAAAAAAUGAUCUGCAUAUCUGUUUGCUGACAGACGCCUGCAGGGAUUGUCUGUUCUUCCUGCAUCAAACACUCUCUCUGUCUCUUUUGAUCUGUCUUGUCUCUGUCUGUCUCUUCCGUUUCACCCUCAACCUUUCACACAUAGGGCCUACUUACAAUAUACUCACGGUAAUUUCCUUUCACACACAGUCUUCUCUUCAAAUCCGGCUCAAUAUGUGGGGUGUAGCACCCACCAGUGGCGACAGAAGAGUGUUGCAGACUGCAGCGUGUCUGAGUGAACUGAUAUCAGGAGGUUAGGAGGACUUAGCGAGCACAUGUUCUGAAGCACGGCCGCUAAUUGAACUCAACCCAGCAAAGACAAUCUGUGUGUGUGUGUGUGUG